CUCAUGAUUGCGAAGACGUGAUCAAAUAUUUCGGUCCUCACGGAACAAUGACACCAGGCAAGUGUAACACAAAAAAUGCUGUUAAAAUAUGUUCCAUAUCUGGUGGGGAAAAUUACAAAAGAGAGGAAGUCCAAGUAUCAUGCAAUGAUAGUCACUGCAGAGGAAACACAAUUUUUCUUGGAAUAUUUAAUGAUCAAAUUGGAAACGUUACAUGGCGCAAAUUGAAUAAUACAGACAACUUAAACGCGCAACUUAAACAACACAUUUUGUCUUCAACCUUUGGGCCUGGGUUUGCAUUGUUAAAAUGCGGGGAAGGUACCCAGGUCUUAGGUUUUCCAACUAUUUUAAAACGGGCCAAACCUUCUCAAAGACUGGAGAAGAGAAGACCAUUCAAUAUCAACAUCGUAGUUGAGGAUUCGUUAUCUCGCGCGCAUUUUUACAGAACUCUUUUAAAAACUGCGUCGACUUUCAGGGAUAUUGUUUAUAAUCAAACAAUUCCAUCGACCCUGCUGGAGUUUCAAAAAGUUCAAAGCUAUGCAGCAAAAACAUAUCAAAGCCUUCAAAGACUGUUUGCAGGACGAAAAUACUUAGACGUUGGAGAGAACUGCAAAUAUACUGUCGAGGAAUUUAAAGCAAAUGGUAGCAUGUUCAACUGUACAUAUGCAGUCGAAGAGAUGUUUGCACGAUAUAAAAACGCUGGAUAUAGUACACUGCUUCAAGAGGAUCAUUGUUGGCACGACGCGUGGGGUUCUUUCAUGGAUCCACGCAAACAGUUAGACCCAGUUACAGACGAGAUGCAGCGGCUUAGCAGAUGGAAGGAUUUUGUUCAGCUUGUUCAAUUAUCGGGUCGUCAACAGGCGAUUGAUGAUUAUGGUAUGUCCAUAUUAACUUGUGAUGUGUACAGAGAGUUCAAAGUGACAAACCCAUUUAGUUCGAAAAUUAUUCCAAACGUUUGCUUCGCCGGGAGGCAUUAUGCAUCAUUCUUCUUGGAGUAUGUGAAAAAGUACACAGAGCUCAAUGAUAUAGCCGAUCAGCCGUUCAUAGCGUAUACACAUGUGUUGACAUCACACGAUACUAAUGGAAGACGUAUAGUCAAUGAUGACGAAAGCCUCUCAGAGUUAUUUCGACACGCAGCACAUUUACGAAACACUUUGACGAUCUUUGCCUCCGACCAUGGCGCAAAAGCGACUGAUUUUGCAGCAUAUUCAACACAAGGAAGAGAAGAGGUCUUCCAACCUUUGUUGUUUAUGAUCAUUCCACACGAAGUCAGCAAGUUGCUUGGUUCAGAAGCAAUGAAUGCAUUGGUACUCAAUCAAAAUCGUUUGGUAGGCGUUGAAGAUCUGUAUAACUCAUUGGUCUCGAUUAUAGAACUUCGCGUGUGGGCUGAAAGCUUAGCCUCGAACCCAAAUCAUUCCAACCAGAACACUGCAGGUUCUAAUCCGAAGCAUUCGGUUGCGUUCGCUGACCCAAUUUCAAAAACGUCUAGGGAAGAGGAAGGGCUUGAUGGACCUCAGAUAAAAUCACAUCUGCAAGGUUUAUUUAGACCAGUAUUUUUAAACCGCACUUGCAAAGAAAUGAAAAUAAGUUCGGUUGCAUUAUGCCUGUGCGAUGGCAUGGAAAACACAAUCUCGAACGACACUGACGCAGUCAGGUGGGCGGCUGAAUUUGCGCUAGGAACCUUAAAUAACAGAAUUCAGAAACAGUACACGACAAAUCUGAAGUCUCAGCUGGGAAAGAUGGCUACGUCUAAAUUCUUUGGUUACGGCGCAUGUCAGCGGUACGUAGCCACGGUUGUGACAAAUGCUCGCCAAGUCGUCGUUGGCAUCAACCAGAAGUUAUUGUUCACUUUGCUGGCAAAACCCAAUGACCGAAAAACUGCGGAAAUUUUUGACGUCGAAUUGACGUUUCCCAUGAAACAAGGUGAACAUGGUAUAAUUUUGAAUAAUCUGGUUCGUGUAUCCCGGUUUAAUGAGUAUGAAAUAUGCUCGGAUACGGGCGUUGAUCCAAAGCUGUGCGCAUGUCAUCCUUAUAAAACUAACAACACCUUGUGGAGGAGGAAAUUGUUUUCGAUGGUGACUUCACAAGCCAUUUUGGGAAUGAAACCUCAGACACAGUUUCUUGAUAAGCCGUGUCUUUUGAUAAUUGCUCGAGUUACAAAGACAGAAAUACGCCCCGGACGUUGGCAAAAUGCCACGGAGACAUACGAAGCAAUCAACCGGUGCAGAAAUGUGAAAUACAAAUUAAAAAUUUCUUUUAAACGCAUCUAUAAAAUGAGGAUUUCAUUGAAAUAUCCUGCAAUUGUAACCUUACUGCCGAAGACAGUCACGUUUCUUUAUACGGCUAUAAACAACUGGAUAUUUGGCAAAGCUGUGCCUAAAUUUAGUUUUAAAAAGACUGUAUUAUAUCGCAGUAAUACAACGAAGAAGAAACUGUGAUGUUUGUUGGAUGGAAAAGCUAAAAAAUACAAAUUCAUAUUUAUCAGUUUCUGGACAAUCAGAAACGAGCAUUUUGGAAUUAACUACGAUUUAACAGACUCUAAGUUAUGUAUUUUAUAAACAUGCACAACAACGAUUAUUAAAAAAGCAUGAUCUCAAUGGGAAGUUAUUUCUUAAAGACUCGGACCAGUUGUAUCAAGCUCAUUUAGCUUAAACGCUGGUUAAGUUCAAAAUAGAAAUCAAGUCUAUCGUUCUAUUCAAGAAGCAAACAAAAUGUUUUUAACC